GAUCAUAUUGAGGACUUUUAUAUAAAGGUGGGUGUGGGGCUUUUGAGUCUUUACAAGUUGGUGUGGUGUUUUGAGAGUCUUGUUCUAUUAGUGGGUAUUAGUGAUGGGAAGACAACCUUGCUGUGACAAGCUUGGGGUGAAGAAAGGGCCGUGGACGGCUGAGGAGGAUAAAAAACUCAUCAACUUCAUUCUCACUAAUGGCCAGUGCUGUUGGCGUGCUGUUCCUAAGCUUGCCGGACUCCGCCGCUGCGGCAAGAGUUGUCGUCUUCGCUGGACUAACUAUCUCCGCCCGGACUUGAAGAGAGGCCUCCUCACUGAAUCCGAAGAACAAUUGGUUAUUGAUCUUCAUGCCCGCCUCGGCAACAGGUGGUCCAAGAUUGCAGCUAGGUUGCCUGGAAGAACAGAUAAUGAGAUUAAGAAUCACUGGAACACCCACAUCAAGAAAAAGCUUCUUAAGAUGGGAAUUGACCCAGUCACUCACGAGCCCUUCCACAAACAAGCUGCGGCUAAGGAGACUUCACCUCGGGCUGAUCAUUUGCCAGAAAAUGACACCCAUAAUCUCCAGUUACCCGAUCCCGACGGCAUCAUCAACUCUGAUCAGGACAACUCCAGCUCAUCACCACCCGAAAAUUCAUCCAGUACUGAUGAGUCCCGCUUGCUAGACAGCGUUUGCAACGAUGACUCACUGAUGAAUUGCUUGUGGGGUGAUGAAAUGCCACUAGUUGAUGCUUCAUGGAAGUUUCCCUCAGCCGGAGAGAACUUCAACAACAUGGGGUUACCAUCGUGGGAUGACAGUUGUGCAUGGUUACUCGACUGCCAGGAUUUUGGCAUUCAUGAUUUCGGUAUCGAUUGUUUUAAUGACAUCGAGGUAAACUCGUUGAAUACAUUAGAGAUGGGGGACAAGCACUAGUAUGCAGCAUAGUGGACAAGAACACAAAAGGGAAAAAAAAAAAAAAGGUUCACACUUUAUAGUGCGCAUGUUACAAAGUACCAUGUCUGGCCUCACUAUAGAUUCUCUGUGAUUUUAUGUAUUAUGUUAUAGAAAUAUUCAUGGAUGCUCCAAGUUUUCAAAAAAAAAAGUUCUAAGAGGUUUUCACCAACCAAAUCGAAGAAUGUUACUAAACUCGAAUCAUUUGAAGGAGAUAAAGAAACCCCAAUGCUUAAAGUUGUGUAAUCUUAUGUAAACGAUAGGGACAUGCACAUUGGGCAUAAUUGUAUACUUAAGUGUUAGGUGGUAUUGUGAAUAUGAAAACCUUUUGUAUAUAGUGUAUUUAUUAUGUUGGAAAUAAGGAAGAAAAGGUUAUUUUGA